GCCUUAGUAACCGUUUGCUUCUACUCAGUUUAGAUUGACUGAUUUUACAUUCGUUAGCAGACAAAAUGUGUGAAGCCGAGAAAAUUGGUGUUGAAGAGCUGGAAAAUAUCGCUAUUUUCGGAUUCGAUGGUGCCAUUCGAUGUAGCCUUCAAGUUCACCCGGACAAAGAGCAUCUCAUAUUUCCGCUUGGAUGUAAGGUUUCGAUCAUGAAUACAGUUACGUCCAAACAACAAUUUCUAUGCGGACACACAAACCAAGUAUCGAAAAUAGCCGUUUCAAAAUCUGGAGAUCUAAUUGCAUCCGGUCAAAUGAGCUACAUGGGUUUUCGAGCCUUCGUUAUCAUUUGGGACUGGAAAACGCGAAUGGAGAAAACGCGUUACGAAAUUCAUAAGGGACUGGUUGAGUCGCUAAGCUUUAGUUCAGAUGAAAACAGCCUCAUAUCUUUAGGUGGACCGGAUGAUCAGAUGAUUGUUGUGUGGGAUAUAAAGAAGAACGCUGCAACAUGUACUAGUAAAGCAGCAUCUGAAAUAUCCGGAAAUUGUAAAAGUGUACGCUGCCUGCAGAGACGCGAUGCUAUAUUUGUGAGCGCUGGUGAUGAUAACCUACGACUCUGGUGUAUUGACAAAGUUAAUCGGAAACUUCGAGUUCAUGACGUUAUUGUAGGACGGAGUCGGCGAUCGUACACUGGAAUGUGUAUAAGUUCAACCGAUGAUUUUCUUUAUGCUGGAACAAUGAGCGGAGAUAUUGUCAAAGUUCAGUUAAAUUGUCAUCAUGAACCGGAUGUGAUAGAAAGAGACAAGGCACCAGUUUUGGUUGGUGUUUAUGGAAGACAUGUAGCUAAGCGACCGUAUGGAAAAGAUUGUGAGAAAUAUUUGAAUGGCGUGAGAGACGUAUUAUUGCUAGAAAAUAAAUUAGUUAUUGGAGCGGGUGAUGGAACAGUUGAACUGGUUCAAGAAAGGAAUAAAAUAUUUAAGGAUUAUCCUUCGCCUACUGUUCCGCAGUUGAAAACGCUGAAGCGGACAAAAGUAAUUGGGGCGGUCACUUCUCUACAAUUACUCGAAACAAAUGAGGUGAUCAUUGGUACUGAAGCCUGCGAAAUGUAUUUCUUAAACCUUCAAUCCUUCGAAAUAAAACUUUUCAUCACUUGCAAUACGGAAACAGUGUACGAUGUUGCCUUCCCACCAAAUUUAUCUUUGGUAUUUGCAACCGCUAGCUAUCAAUCUGUUCGCAUCUGGUCUGUUUCCAAAAAGCUAGAAUUACUAAGAAUUAUGGUACCAAAUUUUAGCGCUGCUGCUCUCGUAUUUUCGCAUGAUGGUAAAAGCAUUGUCAGUGCCUGGAAUGACGGUGUUAUAAGAGCAUUUACCCCACUCAGUGGAAGCUUAAUUUAUGCUAUUCCGAAUGCACACAACAAGGGAUGCUCAGCAUUAACGAUUUCUAGUUGUGGAAAAAUGUUGGUCAGUGGUGGUGUGGAGGGUCAAGUACGAGUUUGGAAAAUUGAAGCCAUCCGACAGAGUUUAAUUGGUGUACUGAAAGAACAUACUGCCUCAAUCGGCAGCGUUUGCUUCAAUAAAUUUAAUACGGAAAUCGUAUCUUCCUCAUCGGAUGGGACGUGUAUCAUAUGGGACAUAGUACGGCUAGUUCGAAGGCACGUACUGUACGCUAACACUCAAUUUACUUGCGCGCAAUUCUUUCCGACUGGUGUUCAAAUACUAGCAACUGGUACUGAUCGACGAGUCAGCUACUGGGAAGUGUAUGAUGCUAGUCUAGUUCGUGAUGUAGAGGCUAGCAAGAAAGGCCCGGUCAAUUGUGUGACUUUAAACAAGACCGGCGAACACUUUAUUUCGGUUGGACAUGAUCAAAUUGUUAAAAUGUGGGAUUAUCAAACAGGGCAAGUAAUUUCUGCAGGAUACGGCCAUGCAUCUCCCAUUUUAACUUGUGCAUUUAGUCCUUGUGGAAAGAUUAUAGUAACUGGAGAUAAAUCUGGUGCACUGUUCAUUUGGAAAGUUCCUGAGAAACAUUGGCCUCAGCCAGGAAACGAUCCAUUCGUGGCAAUAACGAGAAAAAUGCGUAAGGCCAGCUUGUCAGGAAGAAAGCCACCCGAACAUAUUAACAAAUUGGAAACGAGUCGUUCUAACAAAGACGUCCAUAUAAGUAAAUGUCCGGCAGUUGAUCUACAAUCUCAACCAGACAUGAACGAAGAUUAUAUGAAAGGCCUCUAAACAGUGUCACGAAGUCAGUACGAACUGCCAUUCUUCAGUGUUCAUCAAAUUUUUGUUCGUUUUGUCAGCUUGUAAGAACUUUGUCAUCAAUGUGUGGAAAAUAAAUUUUGUGUUUCG